AUGGCAGCAGUAGAAAUCCAGCAAUCUUCCACAGGCCGCGAGCCAGGCACGAGCAGCAGCAAGAGAGCGUACAGCCACAGCCAUCCAGUCCCGGCACCAGGCUGCUAUGUACCAGCCAUCACUUUCUACCAGCGAAACGCGGACAAGCUCGACCUUGACGCACAAGCGAAAUACUACUCUUACCUCGCGAGCACUGGACUGCAGGGACUUGUGAUUCUCGGCACAAACGCAGAGACGUUCCUUCUGACCCGCGAUGAGCGCAAGACACUUCUACAGCUGGCACGGAGGACUGUGCCACGAGACACUCCCAUAAUUGCUGGUGUUGGUGGCCAUUCGACGGCGCAGGUGCUUGAGUACAUUCAGCAUGCGUAUGAGGCGGGCAGUGAUUUUGUGCUCUUGCUGCCGUGUGCAUACUUUGGGAAGCAGACGACGCCAGCAGUGGUGAAGGACUUCUUCAACUCGGUUGCUAAGCAGAGCCCGCUGCCAAUCAUCCUCUACAACUUCCCAGCAGUCUGCAACGGCCUCGACCUCGACUCCGACAUCAUCGAAGAAAUCGCACGAGCGAAUGAGAACGUCGUCGGUGUGAAGUUGACCUGCGGCUCCGUGGCAAAGAUCGCACGACUAGCAGCAGUCUUCCCCCCUUCGCGAUUCGCUGUCUACGGUGGUCAAUCCGACUUCCUUCUUGGCGGUUUGGCUGUUGGCAGUUCAGGUUGCAUCGCUGCGUUUGCCAAUGUGUUCCCACGGAGUGUUGCAAGAAUCCAUAACCUCUGGGCAGCUGGAAAGCAGCAAGAGGCACUUGCUUUGCAGAAGACUCUUUCGCUGGCAGAGUCUCCAACGAAGGCAGGCAUCGCAAAUACGAAAUAUGCUGCUGCGGUUAUCACGGCACCAAAGGCGGGCAUUAAGGAUGCUGCGCCGCUGUUGAGGCCACGACACCCGUACAAGGAGCCAGACCAGGCGUCGAAGACCAGGAUCGAGAAGACGAUUGGCGCCAUCGCACACUUGGAGGAUCAGUCGGCGGAGGUUGAGAUCAGGAGUCGAUUGUAG